UCCCCUGCUUUCUCUGUUUCAUCCAACUUCCACUCAUUCAAAAAAAUUGAGCAUUGCUUCCAAACAAGAAACAAACAAUGGAAACUAAGAAACUCUUGUGGCUUGUUCUAUCCACUUCUUUGGUUCUCGGAAUAUCCGAGAGCUUCGAUUUCCACGACAAGGAUUUGUCCUCGGACGAAACCUUGUGGGACUUAUACGAAAGAUGGAGGAGUCAUCACACGAUUUCUCAUAGCCUCAAUGAGAAACACAAGCGCUUUAACGUGUUCAAAGCAAAUGUUAUGCAUGUCCACGACACUAACAAAAUGGACAAGCCUUACAAAUUGAAACUUAACAAGUUUGCUGAUAUGACCAAUCAUGAAUUUAGAAGUACCUAUGCUGGAUCAAAGGUUAAUCACCAUAGAAUGUUCCGAGGCACGCCACGUGGAAAUGGAACAUUCAUGUAUGAGAAGGUUAACAAAGUUCCUUCUUCUGUAGAUUGGAGGAAGAAAGGUGCUGUCACUGAUGUUAAAGAUCAAGGUCGAUGUGGUAGUUGCUGGGCAUUUUCAACUGUUGUAGCUGUUGAAGGCAUUAACCAAAUCAAGACAAACAAGCUAGUAUCUUUAUCUGAACAAGAGCUGAUAGAUUGUGACAAUCAAGAAAAUCAAGGAUGCAAUGGUGGACUAAUGGAAAAUGCCUUUGAAUUCAUCAAGAAAACAGGUGGCAUAACAACAGAAAGCAAUUACCCUUACACAGCAAAUGAUGGAUCAUGUGAUUCAUUAAAGGAGAAUUCCCCAGCUGUGUCAAUUGAUGGCCAUGAGACUGUUCCGGCCAACGACGAAGAUUCAUUGCUUAAAGCAGUUGCCAACCAACCUGUAUCCGUAGCCAUUGAUGCCGGAGGUUCCGAUUUCCAAUUCUACUCUGAGGGAGUAUUUAGUGGUGAUUGUGGUAAAGAGCUAAAUCAUGGUGUGGCAGUAGUGGGAUAUGGAACAACAGUGGAUGGAACGAAUUACUGGAUUGUGAGAAACUCAUGGGGGGCAGAAUGGGGAGAACAAGGUUACAUCAGAAUGAAAAGGAACGUAUCUGAAAAGGAAGGACUUUGUGGCAUAGCUAUGGAAGCUUCCUACCCAAUUAAACACUCCUCCAUAAAUCCAACAGAACCAUCAUCAUCUAUUAAGGAUGAACUUUGAAUGCUUCACAUCAAAUUAAGCUUUUAUCAAUCUUCAAUGUUGUUUUCUAGUGUGUUUACUAAUUAGUUACAUCAUUUAUCUUAUGAACUUGUAAUAUUUGAAAUCUCACAAAUAAAUAAAUCUUGCAAUUCUUAUGAACUUGUAAUAUUUGGAAUCUCACAAAUAAAUAAAUCUUUCAUAUUGUUUUCACUGCUUGCAA